AUGGUUCAGUUACUAAAUCACUUUGGCUGGACUUGGGUAGGAAUAUUAGCCACAGAUGAUGACAGCUGCCAACGGGAAAGUCAGGAAAUAAAAAACCUGAUAAUCACCCAUGGGGGCUGUGUAGCCUUUUUAGUGCAACUUAAACAUUUAUAUAACAAGAAAAAAUUAUUAUCAGAAGUUGGAAACUCAGCUGCAAAUGUUGUUUUAAUAACCAGAUGUGUGUCAAAAUAUUUUCCUGAGUUUCUUAUUAAUUACUAUGUGAUGCAUCUCCCGAAAAAAGUCUGGAUAUUCUCAUUUAAUUUUAAAAUUCAAGAUAGUUUUCCUUUACAGGGGGGUUUAUCAGUUUUAUUAUCAAAGGGUGAGAUAUUUGGAUUAAAGGAAUUUAUCUACACUGCGAGUCCUUACAAAUACCCUGAUGAUAAUGUUCUUAAAAAACUAUGGAAUUUGUUAUUUUCAUGUGAAGCAAAUACUAAUAAUAGUUAUAAUCUAGGCAUUUAUCAAUUGUGUCUAGGUAAUGAAACGCUUAAGUCUAUUGAUGUGUAUGUGUUUGACACAAAGGAUUUCCGUUAUACAUACAGCAUUUAUGUAGCGAUCUACCUGUUGGCCUCUGCUUUUCAUAAAACGUUAUCACACAAAACUUACACUGGAAUUAACCUAAACCAUGAUCCUAUGGAGAACAGACAACAGUUACUGCAGAUUAACAAAUACCUGAGAAAGGCACAUUUUACGACAGCAUCACAUGAGGAUAUUUCCUUUACUGAUUAUGGAGAUGUACCAGGGCAUUAUGAUAUUAUAAACUGGAUCCCAUCAGACAUCCCAGAGAGACUAGAUCCUAAUAAAGUUGGAAUCUUUAACUCCUUAGCUCCUGUGGGAAAACAGCUUAAUAUCAAUGACAGUGCAAUCAUUUGGAGCCCUAAUUCAAAAACAAUACCUACAUCAGUUUGUAAUGAAAUCUGUGCCCAUGGAUACAGAAAGGUUCCUUGGAAGGAAUAUCCUGUCUGCUGCUAUGGUUGUGUGCCGUGUGCAGAGGGAGAGAUCUCCAACACAACGGAUGCAGAAACCUGUAUAAAAUGUCCUGAAGAUCGAUGGCCUAAUGAUAAGAGAACUCUGUGCAUCAGAAAGACAGUGGAAUUCCUUUCAUUUGAGGACACAUUAGGGAUUUUCCUCACUUCAGUCUCCAUCUUCUCCUCUAUUGUCACCAUCACUGUACUUGGGAUUUUUAUUAGGCAUCACACAACUCCUGUAGUAAAAGCCAACAACCAGAACCUCAGCUACACCCUCCUCCUCUCCCUCAUGUUGUCCUUCCUCUGCUCCUUACUGUUCAUUGGACGUCCUGUGCAGGUGUCCUGCCUACUAAGACAAGCUGCCUUUGGAAUCAUUUUUACUAUUUCUGUCUCUUCUGUCCUGGCAAAAUCAGUCACUGUUGCAAUUGCCUUCAAUGCCACCAAACCUGACAGCAAGAUAAAGAAGUUGGUGGGAUCCCGAGUGUCCAUCCAUUUGGUCCUUGUCUGCUCUCUAGGUCAGACUAUCAUCUGCACACUGUGGUUGGCUUUCUACCCACCAUAUCCAGACUAUGACACUCACUCUUACAUUGAGAAAAUGAUAUUACAAUGUAACGAGGGCUCUGUCACUGCAUUCUACCUUGUGAUAGGUUACAUAGGAUUCCUUUCUAUAGUCAGUUUCAUUGUCGCUUUCCUGGUUAGGAAGUUACCUGCCAUUUUCAAUGAAGCCCAGAUGAUCACGUUCAGCAUGCUGGUGUUCUGCAGUGUUUGGAUCUCUUUUAUCCCAGCGUACCUUAGCACCAAGGGCAAAUUCAUAGUAGCUGUAGAAAUAUUUGCUAUCCUGGCUUCUAGUGCAGGACUACUGGGCUGUAUAUUCAUUCCAAAGUGCUACAUUAUAUUAUUUAAACCUGAGUUUAACACCAGGGUACAUAUGCUAAGUACACAUUAA